UGUCAAAUCUUAUUGUACCUUACUUAUUGAGAGGUUAUGUUUUAUUCUUUUUAAUAAUAGAUUUUCUUUCAUAUUUUCGAUUUAUAAAGAACCCUUUGUAUGUAAAUGUAUUCAUUUUCCGACUGGACUAUUUUCAUUUGUUAAAUAAUGGCGUCGUUUUCCCGUUUCAACAAAAUUGCUUUAUUGAGUUUAGGUGCUGUUGGUGGCGGUUUAGCAUAUUAUCAUGUAAAUAGCGGAAGAAAUGAGAGAAAAUUCGACGUGCACAAUUCGUGGACUACUAAUUUUACACCAAGUGUUAAAUGGGAGAAGAAUUGGGACCACCGGGAACCAGAAUCAAUAGUAAAGCCCAAAAAAAAUGACAAGCCAGAAGAGGAGAAUAGAUACAAUGAACAAAUUGAAAAGGCGAAAAAGAGCAAAGCUGUUCGUCAUUUGUUUCUUAUCAGACAUGGACAAUACAAUAUAGAAGGGGUCACAGAUAAAGAAAGAACACUUACUGACUUGGGUAGAACACAAGCCGACCUGACAGGACAAAGGCUUGCCUGUCUCGACAUCAAAUGGGAUUUAUUGGUCCAAUCCACAAUGACUCGGGCGCAGGAGACGGCGGCCAUUAUUGCCAAGCAUUUAGACAAAAAUUUAGAGAUUAAAGACUGUCAAUUAAUUGAAGAGGGUGCUCCAAUACCCCCUGAACCACCAGUAGGGCAUUGGAGACCAGAAGCAAAACAGUUUUUCCAGGACAGUGCUCGGAUAGAGGCCGCGUUCCGGAGAUAUUUCUACAGGGCGCCACCUGAGCAGACCAACGACACCUACACGAUACUGGUCUGCCACGCGAAUGUCAUCAGAUAUUUUGUUUGCAAAGCCCUUCAGUUCCCUCCCGAGGGCUGGCUCCGGAUAUCACUGAACCACGGUUCAAUAACGUGGGUGUCGAUUCUACCCAACGGGAACGUGGUCCUCCGAGUCCUCGGCGACACCGGCCACAUGGAGCCCAAGUAUAUCACCAGCCGGUAAAGCGGUUAGCAUGCUAAUGUAGAACGGGCGUUGUAAUAGCGACUAUAUGCGUAACAUAUUAUGGUUCAUUUCGUAUAACCAUAUAUAAAAUUUAACGAUUGCAUCUCAUGCUUAAUACGAGAAAACGAAUAUGAACGCACCAUUGCAGUCUCAUCGACGACCUCUGCAGCUCAGAGACAUGUUACUUUGCAUCAAUGAGGUCCCUGGUUUAAUUCUCGGCAGAGGCAAUUGCCUCGUGUCUGGGUGAACUAGGUUAUGCCUCUAGAUAUUAGUUGACUAGUUCCUCAGAGUGUCUUAGCUUGAGGAUUAGAAAAUUGGUGUGGCACUAAUUCUCGUUUCGGGUUAUAUGAAAUGAACAAUUUUAUGAAGUCUGCAAAAUAGCCGUUCCAACCUGUUUCAUUGUUGUCACUGAAAUGGCCAUAGCAUAAUUAUAUUUCAACAUUAUGAGAACAGCAUUACUAGUAAGAAUAAAAUUUAUCAAUUUUAAAACCAUUGUUACUGGUGAUCAACCUUCAGUACCAAUAGAAUUAUGACUGGAUUAUCCAUUAGGCAGUGUUGCCAAUAGCCUAAGGGCGCCAACGUGGUUAAUCCGACCCUGAAUGGAAUUCAUUAUAGGAGAAUUAAACGAAAUAAUAUGAAACAAUAGGCAAUUAGUAUAGUGUAGAUUAACUUUCCCAAAAUAAUUCCUAAUUUCGUAAAUCAGCCAGUACUCGCUACCGCGUGCAUGAGAGAACGAUACCGUAAUUCAUUAUCUGGCUUUUUCUCAUGUGUGUGCAUUAACGAAAUCGUAUCUAACGCUAAUUUCAUUUAUCUAUAAGAUCAGAAUGGGUAUCUAGUAAACUGGUAAUAGAUUCUAAACAUUUCUUUGUGGACGUUUGUUGUGCUUAAAAAUAGUUUAUAAUUUUUUCCCCCUUUUAUUCAUAAAAACGUUUCAAAAACCAAUUUUUAGUAAUUGAAGUGUUUUGUCUUUUUCAUUAUUGCAGCUAAAUUUUCAAUUUGAGAGAAAGUAACAAAACAUUGCAUUACUUAAAAUAGAUUUGAAGGAAGUAUAGUUCUUAUAAACAAAGUCUUUACUAAACUUUAGUCUUUCGACUAAAAAUUCAAGUAUGUUUCAUUGAAAUUGGACGAAUAGAAAAUUCUCAGUCUUUGUUGAAAUAUAAUUAUAGGCUCUGGUCGUUGUAGAGUAGUCCUAAAGGCCAAAUUAAUCAAAUAUAAUUUGAUAAUAAUGCGUAUUAUAAGCUAAACGGAGUGUAUUAUAAUUAUGUAAAAAUGUAACUUUAAAUAUAUCUCCUCACAUCCUUAUUUCUCUGAUUUUAAGUGACACUCCCGGUGUUAGAUGCCAUGGUUAGCAUUGUAUAUCUUUAUACAUGGCAUAUUUGGUGAACAAUCAUAAUAAGUCUUUAUUUCGGAAUUUUAGUAAAUGAAUAUCUGCAGCUCCCAAUAGACUCCAUAAUGGUAAUUAUUACAAAAGUGUCAAUUAACAUGUAAGAUGAGGUCACGGGUUCGAUUCCCGGAAAUUAUCUUUUCUGAAUUGACUGGGUGCUUUAGAUAGUGCCACCAGGUCAGAGAGAACGUCUAAGUGAUCAAAAAUAUGAUCAAUGGUUUUGAGAACUUUAUGGAAUGCAAAAAAAAAGUAUUAAAUAUUCAUGUUUUUUAUUUAAGUAUGUACCUAAAUUUAUUUCGAUAAUGAAACUUGUCAAGAUUAACUUCAUAUGCUAUGUAUAAAUUUAACAUAAAGAGAAAUACUUGAAUUGUGCUCCGAUUAUGUUGUGAUACGACAAAUAUUUUUCCUAACUUGACCCAUUCUUAUUCCUUACUCGUCCGACAAUAAUGAUUUGAUCUUUAUUAUUCGCCCGCUUAUCAUUUGUAAUAUUUUUUUUUGUAAGUGUUAUAAAAAAUGUUGCUUUAGGACGACUAAGGGUCAUGACGGUUGUGAUAAAUAUAUAAAAAUAAUGUAAUCGGUUGAGUUAAGAAUUUAUUUUGAGACGAUUGAAAAGUAUGACCGAAUUGGAUGUGACGUCACUGAACUGACCUAUGACGUUUACCAGAGGGAGACUUUGUACAAAAGUCGAUUGCUUGGGUACCUCUGUCCCAUUCGUGUUUCAACCGUGAAGCAGUUGUGUUUGCAUGGCUGUGUUUCGGUUUGAAGGGUGGGAUAUGGCGUGAAUUUACUGGGUACAGAGGAAUAACACCUAAGUCCUCAGGAAUGGCAACGCAUGGGGGGUAUCAUGGGCGAAACAGUAUACUCUGUUAUGUCCACGGUACUGCUCAUGUGUAUAGGCGACGGUUACCACUUUCCAUCAGGUGGGCCGUCAGCUUGUUUGCCAUUCUAAGUUCUAUAAAAAAAAAAAAAAAAAAAAAAAAAAAAAAAAAAAAAAAAAAAAAAAAAACGUUCGUUAGCACGGAUAUUUCCUUGUCCUUUUAAGUAUGUCAUCUCAACGAAGUAGUUACAAUAUCAAUAUAAAAUAUUUAAUAUCAAUAGGUAAAUGCAAAAUUGCUUUAGGGGUGAAUAAUAUAUAGCAGUAUCUAUAUACUCGUAUUAUAGUUAUCUAUAUAUCUGUAUAUUGACCAAUGAUGGAUAUAUUAAAUUUCGGAUGUCCAAUACAUAAUAUCAUUUGAGACUUUGUACAAAAGCCGAUUGCUUGGGUACCUCUGUCCCAUUCUUGUUUCUAUCGUGAAGCAGUUGUGUUUGCAUGGCUGUGUUUCAGUUUGAAGGAUAGGAUAUGGCGAGAAUUUACUGGGUAUAGAGGAAUAACAUCUGAGUCCUCAGGAAUGGCAACGCAUGGGGGGUAUCAUGGGCGAAACAGUAUACUCUGUUAUGUCCAUGGUACUGCUCAUGUCUAUAGGCGACGGUUACCACUUUCCAUCAGGUGGGCCGUCAGCUUGUUUGCCAUUCUAAGUUGUAUAAAAAAAAAGAACCUGAUCAAAAUGUAUAUAGUAUCCAACUAGUGCUGGCAUUAGGUGAUGACCUUUUUUUCGCCAUCAGAGAAAUCCAAUAUAUAGAUAUCAAAUCGGUACCGAUAUUACUCGUCCCUAAUAAUUAAACAAUUACAACUGCAGUAACAUGUCGGCAGGAAUUAUGAACCACACAGUGACUUGAAUGUAAAAGAAAUCUGCUGAAAGUAUGAAGAAUUGGAGCUCUUGUGGCUGUGAUGGAAAAUACAGGAUUCGCUUUUUGUAUGGUUGCGUAUGCGCCUGUCCAGCUAUAAGUUAUUACCCUCUUAUGGGGUAAUCUGUCCCAGCAGUGGACGUAUGGGUUGUUAUAUUGAGUUAUGGGAAGUUGAAACGCAUUUGUCUGCCUUUACAAAGUUAUACAGGGUGAAAUCCCAGUUGUUAGCUGCACGCCGUAUGUAAAACUGAUAAUGUACACAUGUAGAACAUUUUAUUAUUAAAAGAUUCUUGAAAACACAUUACAUUUGGAUGUAAUAAAUACCGCUUUCACUUACGUGUAAUUUAGUCGAGAAAUCUCGACUAGUUUAGUCAUGGCGCGCAAUGAGGCUUGCGCUCGCGUUACAGUCGCUCAGGACUAAAAAUCUCCAAACUAUUCGAGCUUUUACGACCAAAUUACAUGUACGUUGAACAAGUAGUUAUUACAUUAAAAUGUGGAACAUUAUUAGGACAAAAACUCAAAAAUUCAAAAACGUCGAAUAAGUUUUUAUCCCCAUACUAAGUGUUAGUAUGGGAGGCUCAAAAUCUUAUCAACAUAUGUUACUAUGUGAGAAUUAUUUAGAUUCAUUAAAAUAACAUUAUUUUAAAAGGAUGCUAACAAUUUCGAUAUUAUCCUGUAUAAUAAUAUACAUAAAAGAACCAAUCGUUGAAUUUCCUUGCCGAAAAAAUUGUUCAGGUGUGACCUAUAUAACAUACCAUAUUGGAUCUUUUAUUGUCAAAUAUAUUGCUUAACCUAUUGUAUUGUGACGAACACAAUAGUGCCAUUCUGUAGCGCGUUACAAAAAAAUUAUAGUAUCCUUUUCUAAAUAUGAAAUUCCUUUUGAUAGAUAAUAUAGAUACAAAUAAAUUGAAACUCAGCUUAAUGCCGUUGUAAUAAGGGUUAAAUUUUAAACAUGAACAAAUGUUUGAUUUUGGAAUAGAGUGUGUCUUUUUGCAUUUUUUUUUUUUUUAUGUAUAUUUAUUUUGUAGUAUUAAUGAUAUUUACUUAAUCUACGUGCCAAUUCUUUUUUAAUUAAAGAUUUGAUAAGUGAUAAAAUAAUUUUAUUUAUUUUAAUAUUGAAUCAUUAUUACUUUUUUCAUAAUAUGUAAAAUAUUUCUCGAAUAUUCACACUGAUUGUCUGAUUGUUUAAUUUGUUGAUUGUAUAUUGAUUGUUUUUAUAAAUA